AGACCCAAUAAACUAUCUUCCAUCCGUUGUCCCACCAGGAAACGAGCCACCAUGUUGACGCGGCUGUUCAGCGAGCCCGGGCUGCUCCCCGACGUGCAGAAAUUCCCCAGCUGGGCGGAGGAGUGCGAGGAAGAUGAGCCGAGCGACCCGGAGGAGCGGAAAGGUAAAAGCGGCCCUGGGCAGGAGGAGCCGCGGGACGACUCCUUGGGCGAACACAAAGAGGACGGGGACCUAGGCGGGGACGAGGAGGAGGAGGAGGAGGAGGAAGAGGAAGGGGUGGAGGAGGCCGAAGGGGACCGGCCCAAGAAGCGCGGCCCGAAGAAGAGGAAGAUGACCAAAGCCCGGCUGGAGCGCUCCAAGCUGCGGCGCCAGAAGGCCAACGCGCGGGAGCGGAACCGCAUGCACGACCUGAACGCGGCGCUGGACAACCUGCGCAAGGUGGUGCCCUGCUACUCCAAGACCCAGAAACUCUCCAAGAUCGAGACGCUGCGGCUGGCCAAGAACUACAUCUGGGCGCUGUCCGAGAUCCUGCGCUCGGGCAAGCGGCCCGACCUGGUCAGCUACGUGCAGACGUUGUGCAAGGGCCUGUCCCAGCCCACCACCAACCUGGUGGCCGGCUGCCUCCAGCUAAACUCCCGGAAUUUCCUCACGGAGCAAGGCCAGGAGGCCGCGAGGUACCACGGCCCCAAUUCUUCCUUUGCCCUGCACCCGUACACCUACCAGUGCUCCCGGCUCUCGGGCACGCAGUGCCAGUCCGGCAGCAUGGCCAGCUCCCACGCCUUGCGGACACAUGCCUACUGCGCCACCUACGAGACCCUCUAUGGGAACGCGUCCCCAGACUACAACAGCUCUGAGUACGACGCGCCCCUGAGCCCCCCACUGUGUAUUAAUGGCAACUUUUCCCUCAAGCAAGACUCUUCCCCGGACCACGAGAAAAACUACCACUAUUCUAUGCAUUAUUCUGCCCUGCCAAGCUCCCGGCCGGCCGGCCAUAACUUGGUCUUCGGCUCCUCUGGGAUGCGCGGGGGCGUGCACUCCGAGAACAUCCUGCCUUACGACAUGCAUCUGCACCAUGACAGAGGCCCCAUGUACGAAGAGCUCAAUGCGUUUUUCCAUAACUAA